AUGCUUCGAAGUCUUGUUCGCCUACAGGGCAAGGACGUGCGCUUUGGUGAAGAGGCCCGCCGCUUGAUCCAGAAGGGUGUGUCGCGCGCCGUGGCUGCUGUUGCCACCACGCUCGGCCCCAAGGGCCGCAAUGUCAUCAUCGAGCAGUCGUACGGUUCACCCAAGAUCACAAAGGACGGAGUGACGGUGGCCAAGGCGAUCGAGUUCAAGGAUCCCUUUGAGAACAUGGGAGCACAGCUUGUUAGGCAGGUGUGUAACAAGACUAACGACCUUGCCGGUGAUGGUACGACGACGUCGGCUGUGCUUGUGGACAGCAUCUUCAGCGAGGGUAUGAAGCACAUCUCCCGUGGGACGAACCCGAUUGAUAUGAAGCGUGGGAUGGACAAGGCUGUGGAGAAGAUUCUGAAGAGCGUGGAGAUGCAAAGCCGCCCAGUCAAGGGCACCGAGGACAUUGUCCGUGUCGCAACGAUCUCGGCGAAUGGCGACAGUGUGAUCGGCUCGCUGAUUGGCGAGGCGAUGGAGAAGGUCGGUCGCGACGGUGUGAUCACGUGCCAGGACGGCAAGACGAUGUCGACGGAGCUGGACGUGGUGGAGGGGAUGAGCAUCGAUCGCGGGUACGUGAGCCCGUACUUCUUGACCGACGCGAAAACGCAGAGGGCGGAGCUUGAGGAUGCGUUGGUCCUGAUGAGCUGCAAGAAGAUCCAGAAUAUCCACACGCUGUUGCCAGUGCUAAACCACGUUGUGCGCACCGGCCGUGCGCUCCUGAUCAUCGCGGAUGACGUGGAGAGCGAGGCGCUGACGACGAUUAUCUUCAACAAGCUUCAGGGCAAGCUGAAGGUGUGCUGCGUGAAGGCACCUGGGUUUGGUGAUAACAAGACGGCGAUGCUGGAGGACAUGGCUGUCUUCACCGGCUCACAGCUUGUAGGGAGCGAGGGCACCGGCCUGGAGCUAGAUGCUGAGAACUUUGACCCGUCGAUCCUUGGCAGCGUCAGGAAGGUCACCGUGACGAAGGACGACACUGUGAUGCUGAGCGGUGGCGGCGACGCGGCCGCGGUGAAGGAUCGCGUGGAGCUGCUGCGCGAGCUUAUUGCCAACGAGACGAGCGAAUACAACCGUGAUAAGCUGAAGGAGCGCCUGGCGAAGCUGAGCGGCGGUGUGGCCGUAGUUAAGGUCGGUGGCAACUCUGAGGUGGAGGUGAACGAGAAGAAGGACCGUAUUGAGGAUGCGCUGUGCUCUACACGCGCUGCUGUGCACGAGGGGAUCGUCGCUGGUGGCGGCAUGGCACUGCUGCGAGCAAGCUCGGAGCUGGAGAGCUUGGAGAAUGACGAGUCGUUGACGCGUGACCAGCGCACUGGCGUGCAGAUCAUCCGCAAUGCUGUGCGCCUGCCUGCGAUGACCCUUGUGGCGAACGCAGGCAAGGAGGGUGCUGUGGUGGUGGAGAAGAUCCUUGAGAACAAGGACACCUCUGUUGGCUAUGAUGUACUCAAUGAUCGCUACGUGAAUAUGUUUGAGGCCGGCAUCGUCGAUCCGACUCGCGUUGUGCGUGUGGCCAUUACGGACGCCACCUCAGUCGCCAGCAUGAUGAUGACAGCAGAGGCCGCUAUUGUGGAUCUACCAAAGAAGGAGUCCGCACCUCCAAUGGGUGGCAUGGGCGGUAUGGGUGGCAUGGGUGGCAUGGAUUUUUAA